AAAAAAUUAAAGAUUACACUAUUUUACCCUUUUAUUCUUAUACUCCAAUCCCACCUAUAAAAAGCCAUCAAUAGAUUCUUUUUUUAUCAUCUCCUCACAUUCUUCAAGAAAACCUCUCAAAGGAUCAGAAAAAGUCGUGAUCUCCUGCUGCUGUAAGAAUGCCGUUGAAGGCAUUGGACGCAACCUUAGCAACUUUUGAUGGAGUUUUCGAAAAGUUCAGAGCGGAGUCGCCCAAGAACAAAGCCAAUUUCAUCCUAUUCCUCGCUGAUGUAGACCCUUCUACCAACGUUAGUUGGUGCCCUGAUUGUGUACGAGCUGAACCUGUUAUAUACAAGAAACUGGAAGCGUCAAGUGACGAUAUAGCACUGCUGAGGGCGUACGUCGGGGACAGACCUACUUGGAGGACUCCACAGCACCCAUGGCGAGUAGAUGGUAGGUUCAGCCUCAAAGGCGUUCCAACUUUAAUCCGAUGGGAAAAUGAUGCAAUCAAAGGUCGACUUGAAGACCACGAAGCACACCUUGAUCACAAAAUUUCUUCCCUUCUGAAUGGAAAUUAAGGUUCCCUAUUUCGUCAUGUUAAAGCUUUGGAGACGGUUAGAUUAUGUGACUCUCUUAAUAAAAUAUGUCGAGCCUCAUUCGCCUGAAUGAGCUGCGAAUUCAGUAUUUUGUGGAGGAUGAAUAGCUUUUUGACCUCCCGUUUUAUGAUCUCUCAGUAUAACGAUAAAGUCAGUUACUUUUUAUCGAGAAGAGGCCAUAUGAUGGCCUAUUUAUCUCUCUUUA